CACUGCAAAACAGCUGUUGAACGAUUUCUCAUCGCGUCGUUUACAACAAUUAACAACAAUUGAUACGGAUUGAACCAAAACAAUGGAAACACCAACAAUAUGUUCUCCGGCCACCAAGGACUUUCAGGUUGCGGGUAUUUCGCGCAGCGGACGCGUACGCAAAAAGUCAUCGAAACUUUUGGAUUUCGAGUCCCCGGAUGAAAUAGAAAAGCGAACCAAAAGGCCAGGCAGACCAGCAGCAAGGUAUCCCGGCCGUGGACGACCACCGAAUGCGUUGCGCGAACGCGAACAGGAAUUGGCGAUGGCCUACGAACUGGAUGUGGAUGAUGUUAUCGUUGAUGAUGAUGAUGAUAUUGAGGACGUGGACAAUCACAAUAUCACCGAUAUGGAGCAGGUGGAUCAGGCGCCGGCUAUUGGUGGCAGCGCUGAUUUGCGUGGUGCUCUAAUGAACUCGGACGAUGAGGUUGACACACUGGUGCAGGAUCUCGUAGAGGGCGUCGAAGCGGAGGCAUCAUCAUGCUACACAAACGAUUCCCGUGUCCGCCAGAGUCUCUAUAUGCGCGAGAAGACCAGCAAGCGCAAGAUUCUCAAAGAUGGCAACAAGCCGCAGCGCAAGGACAAGGGACGGGCACGCUUCACCGCCUACAGCCUCUGGGCGCGUGACGUGCGCAAACGUGACUUUCCCGAUCUGGAUUUCGCAAAUGCAGCGCGCCGCCUCAGCGAAUUGUGGGCGAAUGUGUCCAACAAGGAUAAGAACGCCUGGCGACGCAAGGCCAAAUCGCAGGCGACAAAGGCGCGCACCCGAGAAAGAAACACACCAGCCGAGAUGGGCUACACAGCGGCGACAACGACGAUGACGACGACGACGACAACGAUGCAAUCCAUGACAAGCAAUGGGAAUGCUGCUGCUUUAGAUGCCACAGAGACAACGUUUGUGAAUCGUCCGACGACGAGUCGCACCAAGAAAUUGGCAGCCGAUCGACGUCAGUUACCAGUUGAGGCGACAUCAUCAUCAGCGAUAACGAUGACAAUGUCGCCAUCGACCUGGGCACAGAGCCGACAGAAGCGCACCAGCUACACACGCACGAAGGCAGGCAGCCAGUCAGCGGCAGCAGCAGCAACAGCAACCACAUCCACAUCCAACCAACACACAAAUAGCAGAGGCACCAACAGUUUAUUGCAGCAGCAGCAGGAAUUGGAUGUGGGCAAGGAGGCGCAGCAGCAGUCGUCGGGCAUUGAGGCAAUCGAUGCCGCUGCCCAUUUGAAAUUGCUCGGCGAGAGUCUGACGGUGAUUGGCGAGCGUCUAAAGGAACAUAACGGUCAUGUCGCUCUCUCCGGUAGCCUAUCUGUCUUGCUGGACAGCCUGCUCUGCUCGAUGGGACCGCUGCUCUGCAUGACUACGCAAAUACCUGGCCUGGAGAAUAAGAAACAAUUGAGCACCAACCUGGCGACGACACUGGACAACAUUGCCUACGUAAUGCCGGGUCUAUAAGCCCAACUGUGCACAUUGUUGCUGCUAGUAUCGGUUUUUGAAUCUAGCUGGAGUUAAUAUAGAAAUCAUAAUAUAUAUAGUUUAAAAUAAAGCAUGAGUCUAAAUUAGUUUUGAAGACAACGAAAAGGAAAAUGGAAAUUAAAAAUUGUUGGCGAAACUUAUGUUGGUAAACAGCAGUGAGUGGCGUAAAUAAAAUCAUUUAAAAUAA